AUUUUAUUUACGAGCAAGGUCAGAAAGACAUUAUUGUUAAAAAUAGAUUGAAAGAACAUAUCCAAUUUUGGAAAAACAUUGGCGCCAAUCAAUUUAUUAUUGAUUCUAUAGAACACGGUUAUAAGAUUCCAUUUUAUUCUUUACCCGAAAGCGUAUUGCUUAAAAACAAUAAAUCAGCAUGUGAUAAUAGGGAGUUUGUAAGGAAAGCAAUUACAGAUUUGUUAGAUCGGGAUUUGGUAGAAAAAACAGAUGCCCCUCCUCGUGUUGUUAACACUUUUUGUAUCCAUUCAAAGUAAUGGUAAAAAACGUCUCAUUUUGGAUCUGAGAUGGGUAAAUAAACACGUAUGGAAACAAUCGGUUAAAUAUGAGGAUUUGAGAUUAGGUUUGAUGUUUGUUAAAGAAGGGGGAUUUAUGAUAAAGUUUGAUAUACAUUCUGCUUACCAUUUUGUGGAUAUAUAUCCUGAACAUACAACUUACCUUGGGUUUUCGUUUGAAGAUGAUCAUGGUGUAGUUAGUAACUUUAGGUUCAAGGUUCUUGCAUUCGGGUUGGGUGUAGCACCUUAUUUUUUCACUAAGCUUACAAGGCCACUUAUAGCAAAGUGGAGGGGCGAAGGUAAACGAGUUAUUAUGUUAUUGGAUGAUGGUUUUGGUACACAUGAUAAUUAUGAGGAGACGAAAAAGCUUGCGUCUGAUAUAAAGCAAGAUUUGCUUCUCUCUGGGUUUAUCCCUAAUGUAGAUAAAUGUAUCUGGGAACCAGUACAGGAAAUGGAGUGGCUGGGUGUUAAUAUUAAUAUGAGAGAGUUUUCAAUAAGAAUUCCUGAAAGAAGAAUUAGCAAGGCUAUGAAAACCAUCAAUAGUUUAUUGGGCUCUGUAUAUUUGCCAGUAAGAAAGGUAGCUAGUUUAAUUGGUCAAAUUAUUUCUAUGAGUAUUGUAAUUGGCCCUGUAGCUCAAAUAAUGACUAGAUAUUUGAGUAUCGAUGUUGCGAAAGAGUGCACGUGGAAUGCGUAUGUUAAGUUGUCAAUCGAUAGUGUAGAGCAAUUGGCAUUUUGGAGAGAAACGCUCAAUUUGCUUAACAAAAGAUUGCUUGUUGCUACUGGCGCGUGCUCAAAAGUAGUAUACAGUGAUGCAUCUGCUGUGUCUUAUGCCGGAUAUGAGGUAGGGACGGUGAAUGUUGUGGCGCAUGGGUCAUGGUCGUCAGAGGAGACUAAAAUGUCUUCUACUUGGCGGGAACUUUGUGGAGUUUAUAGAGUUUUAAAGUCAUUAAUUGAUGUGCUUGCAAGUCACCGCGUUUAAUGGUUUACAAACAAUCAGGGAGUUUGUAGUGUUAUUAAAAAAGGUUCUAUGAAAAAGGAUCUACAAGAUUUAGCUAUCAAAAUAUUCCAAUUAACAGCGAAAAAUUCAAUUCAUUUAGAAGUUGAAUGGAUUCCGAGAGAAGGAAACGGUUUGGCAGAUUAUUUAUCUAAGAUUAUAGAGACGGAUGACUGGGGAAUUGGUUUAAAUGUAUUUGAAAUGUUGCAAAGUAAAUGGGGCCAUUUAGAUGUAGAUGUUUUUGCGUCAGAACAUACUGCUAAAGUUUUAACAUUCUUUAGUAGAUUUUGGUGCCCUAAAUCUGCAGGUAUCGAUGCAUUUACAUUUGACUGGAGUAUGUUUUUUGGGCUGUACGUUCCUCCUGUUACUCUAAUUCCCAGAGUUUUGAGUAAAAUGGCGUAUUGUAAAGCGAAAGGCGUUUUGGUUGCGCCAGAAUGGAAAUCGGCUAGUUUUUGGCCACUUAUAUGUGAUAAUUCUGGCGACUUUAGUGCAUUUGUUAAAGAUUUUAUCUUUUUGCCUACAAAUAAAGAUUCAUAUACACCAUGCAGAAAUGGUGUUGGAAUAUUUGGUACAGAAAACCUGCGGUUCAGAAUGAUUGCUUUUUUCGUUGACUUUUAAAGGCUCUACUCGUCAUGUGUAAUUUACCAUAUCAUGAAUAAGGUGUUUCCCUAUAUAACAGAUUCUGUUUUUGCCCUAAAUUCAAAAGAGGGAGCACGAGGUUUUCGGGUGUACGAGGUUUUCGUGCAUGGUUAAUGAGUAUGCGCUGAGGUGUACAGCGGUUAUGGCGCUUGCCAUUUUACAGUGACCUGUAACACACAAGGUGUGGGAACGUGAGUGUAAGCACGAUACGAGGUGUCGGUAUCGGCUGUAGUGGUUGUAAUAGAAAUUGGAAUGUAUUUGUUGUUUUUUUUAAAUGUGUGUGUUUAUGUUGAAUGUUUUAUUAACACGAAGUUGUCGGUUUACAUAUGUUGUUAAUUUUACUCGUGAAUGAGUAUGCGCUGAUGUGUUCAGCGGUUAAGGCGCUUGUCUUAAUUGAAGCCACAGUGGGUUGUUACACACCAGGUGUAGGAACGUGCGUUUAAGAACGGUGCGACGUGCCGGUAUCGGUUGUCGUGGUUGUAUUAUAAAUUAAUGCAUUUGUCUGUUGUUGUUGUUUUAAUGAGUGUGUUAAUGUUAAAGUUUUUAUAAACACGAAUUUGUGUGUUUAAAUAUGUUGUUAAUUUUACUCGUGAAUGAGUUUGCGCUGAUGGUUCAGCGGUUAAGGCGCUUGUCUUAAUUGAAGCCACAGUGGCUUGUUACACACCAGGUGUGGGAACGUGCGUUUAAGCACGGUGCGACGUGCCGGUAUCGGUUGUCGUGGUUGUAUUAUAAAUUAAUGCAUUUGUCUGUUGUUGUUGCUUUAAUGAGUGUGUUAAUGUUAAAGGUUUUAAAAACACGAAUUUGUGUGUUUAAAUAUGUUGUUACUUUUACUCGUGAAUGAGUAUGCGCUGAUGGUUCAGCGGUUAAGGCGCUUGUCUUAAUAGAAGCCACAGUGGCUUGUUACACACCAGGUGUGGGAAUGUGCGUUUAAGCCGGUAUCGGCUGUCGGGUUAUUAAUAUACAUUGGGAUGUAUUAGUUUGUUUUGAACUUUUUAUUUACAUACAUAUGUGUGUUUACAUCUGUUUUUUCAGAGACAUGCAGAUGACAUAAACGCGCUGCCUGACGUCUUGGUGGGGGGGAGUGUCCUUGCUGCCGGAGUUACUCAAACAAUCAAGAGCUAUUAACACAUCAGAGGCAUACAGAAGGGGGUUUAAAAGUCAUCCAAGACCGACAAGUAUCGGGAUGGAGCAUGGGUGCCUUUAGCUAGAACUGAUCGGGUGGAGCCACAGCGGCAGCUAACAUGGGUAUUCCUGACCGUUUGUUUAAGCGUCACGGACGAUGGUCCAGUGAGUCCGCGAAGGAUGGUUAUGUUAAGGAUUCGAUAGAUGACAGGCUAAGGGUGUCUAAGUGUUUAGGUUUGUAAUUGUUAUAAUUAUGUAAAUAUUAAGAACAAUUGUUAAAAUAUUUAUUUGUUGACAAUUAUGUUACGUUUAGUAGCCCGUUCUUUUAAUUCAGCCGGUAUGCGAGUCCCUGCGGCUUGUACCAAAAAACAGAGUUUUUGUUUGUUUGCUAUAUAGGCAAAGGAGGGAUGUAAGGGAAAUAUAAUUUUCGAUGUUUGAAAUUUAUUGAAUGAGUCGAAAAUUACUUUCCCUUCAGUAUGAAUUUGCCGCUAGAGGCGCUCUAGAAGCACGAGGUUUUCGUGCAUGGUUAAAACGUGGUCAGUUUUCGUCAUUCAGCUUUGGGAACUCGCACGCCUUAACUGCAGGCUGAUUAACCAUUUUGCGAGAUAUGAUUGUCGCUGUCAUGCUGGUCUAGACAUGGCGGGCCAAAUCAUCGAGAAAGGUCGCAUCAUCGCUUACAGAAUCCAGUGGUUUAACGGCUCGUGGUCGACCUGGUUCGGCCCUGACUUGAACGACCUUGACAUCAAGUUCAACAUCAACUCCGCGACUUGUGCCGCUCCGAUUAGGACAGAUCAAUGAGAAGAAUGUGGUCCUAUUUCUACGACCACAUUCACGAGUUUAUUAUUUGUAAGCCGAAUUAGUUGCAAGAGCAUUAAAUGUAUUUAAAUACUUGAACUUAAAAAAAUAGGCGCGUAUUCCUUUAUCUGAUAUGUGAAUGUUGCUUCAAAUAUUCAGUGUGAACGAAAUGCGUUUCACUAAAUAAAAUAAUUUAAAUUAUAAA